CUUUAUUUGUUGUUUUUCAAAUUCUUCUUCUUUUUUUUUUUUUACUAUCUAUAAAACUAUGCAGUUAAAACGACGUUGGCUUAAUCAACAUUCACCUACUUUCAAUGACACUCAUUCCCUUUUAUUAUCCUUACCAAAAGAACUCCUAUUUCAAAUUAUUACCAACGUCGCGAAUUCUCCUUGUGUAGACAAUUUAUAUCCACAAUCAUUGAUCGAACUUUCUAAAUGUUGCCAUUAUCUUCACCACCUUAUUCAUUAUGAUCCUUGGCGAUUUAAUACUCUUUGGCCAAAUGCAUUCCAUGAACGAUUCGAUACCCGUGCUAUUUACCGAAGACGACUUGAUGGUUGGGAUUGGCAAAAAGUUAUGAAACUUCGUUGUAAAGCUUUAUAUGCCUGUAAAGCUUUUGCUAGUCAACCUACUGAUUGUCAUUUAUUGGAUGCUAUUCGAUGGGAAAUUAUUUGGGAUAUGAUUACUGAACAUGAUGAACGUAACAUACCACAUCUUUUAAAUUAUAAUGUUCAUUCUGCUGCUGUUGCUGCCUUUCAAUUAGAUCAACAUCGUGAUCGUAAAUUAUUCCCUGUGGUUCUCCCCAUUUUAUCACUCUUGGUCAAUUAUGAUUUCAAUAUUACUUCUCAUUUUCGAGCACCCAUCCAACCUAAUUCAGCACAAAUUGUGUCAACAGAACUCAGCAGAUUCGCUUACAAUUUUGAAGCAGCCGAUUCAUUGAUCACCAAACAUAUGCCAUUACGACCUUUCCAUGCAUCAGCUCAACAUGGCAAUGAAACACCUACUGAUGAUGAAUUACCGCUUACUUUUUAUCCCGCCUUGGAUGCCCCUGCUGCUGCUUUGCAUCUCUUCUUUACCACUUUUUUCGCCUCUCAUCCAUCAUUGUAUUCUAUCAUUCCUGGUUGUAUUCCAAUUCCUUUGUUUCAAAUUAGUUCUGAUAUGUUUGAUGUGGAAUACCUACGACGCUAUGAACGUAACUUAUUUAUCAAUUCUCAUGUUGACGAUCAAACUCGAAAAAAUGAACGGCCUUGGGUGGAAAACGUCACCACCUUACCUUCCAAUAACAUUUAUGCCAAUACUGGAUUUGCAAGUCCUUCUCAUUUUGUCAGUGAAGCUCAUCAUAUCGAAGGUGAUUGGUUAGGUUAUUAUUCAUUUGUGGAUCCAGAAGACGUUGCUACAGAAGCCGAAGAUUGGUUUGAUGGUCCCAUGCGUUUAUCUAUUCGAAUUGUACCAUUGGAAGACCAUCAUCAUCAUCAUCAUCAUCAUCAUCAAUCAUCUAAUAGACAUGAUGCCUUCCCAAGCAUGCAUUUACAAGAAUGUCCAUUAACGAAAUUUGAAGGCACUGGUGUUGACAAUCUUGGUAGUUUUACUGUGGUGGGAUUGAUUGAUGAUACUGAAGAUGGCCAAGUGACGUGGGAAAAGACCUAUGUAGAAUCUGGUGAAACUUGGGAAUAUUCUGGUCGAUUUGCUUUACCUAUGGGGAUAUGUGGUCGUUGGGGUGAUGAAGAAUAUGGUGGUCCUUGGUGGAUGUGGAAAACAUCCAAUUGUAGCAAUAGUGAAUCUGUCCUUACUUCUUAUAAUAUCAAAUAG